AUCCAGUUGAAGUGCCCACCAUUACGAAUGCUUCCAUCCCAAAUGUGUGUCUCCACACGCAGCAAGGCUGGCUCCAUUUCCUUGCAUUUUUGUGCUUCGGCAGCCCGAUAGCUCUGUAUUUUUCGUGUGUACCUGAUAAGGAACCCUUGUAUGCGCUGCUCGCCACGCUGCUCCUUCGUGGCUUGGUACCUGCCUAGGGAGAGCAAGGGACGGGCUAGCCGGUGGCUGUUCCACUCUGCCCCAUCCCGAGGUGCUUGCUAGGUAGCAAUAGAGAAUUGCUGAGGCACAGCGUGAUUUCCUGCUAAUCACGUAAACACGAGCAAGUUUGAUGAUUUUCACCCUGUGUUGCUGUUUCUGUUGGGAGUAUAGAAGCUCUCGUGGUGUUACGACAGGGGGAUGGGGAGCGUCGCAUUGCGAUGGUGUGGUGUGAAUUAGCCCUGAUCCUUGCAGUUUAUUUGUAAGCACACCAGAAACCAGAAAGUAACUACAUCCGUAUUGUUGCCCUCUCUCUUAGAGCCCUGUGUUUUAAAGUGAUGGGGCGCCGGAAACUCGUUGACAAUAGAUCAUACUGUUUAUCCAAAAAUCAGCAUUUGCUGCAGUGACUUGGUGAGCGCGGUAAUUGCGGUCGAGGCUUUCCUUGUGAUUGUUUGUGCACUCCUUAAAACAGGUUCUGUGACUCGGUUCUCAACUGCACUUUUUCGUAGAGUUGUUAUGAUAUGCUUGUUCAUGGAUGUCAAAUACAUUCCUCCCCGCUGCGAAUGCGUAGUCAGGAACCGACAACAAACGCUCCGUCUGGUGUGCCACACCAGUGUUUGGCCUCAUUUUUUCAUUCUUCAUUAACUCGUUCGUCACCACAUCGUCACUUCAUAGCUGUUCCUAGAGACAAACUAAGACAUUUUGUAAUUGAAGGUGGUCCCCUUUGUAGGAUUUCAAUCUCCCACCACGUGACCGAGUGUUUCCUACUUCUGAACAGUUCCUGUGGGUCCGUCGGAAGGCGUGUCGCCAAACAGGGGUCUUCUGUUCCACGUUGUGCCCUUUUUCAAUAAUAUUUUUGGGAGCCACCGCUUUUCCCCUUUGAUUUUCAAAGACAAAGGAAGCCUGACUCAGUGAAGACUGGACUAUUCACCCUUCACAGUUCACCUGUUUGGUAAUUUCCUCUCGUUCUGCUCUCCGGACCAUGGAUCCUCGCGUUGCACACACAUCUGGUUCCCGUCUUACGGACCGGUCGGCGAUGUUGGUCAGCCAUAGGAGAGGGCUCGUUGGAGGCGGCUGUAUGGUGUGCCUGCCUGUGGUAUUAGCUGUUAUUUCUGGAUUGUUAGACGGGUCGCUAAUGGGUGUCGGCCGGGUGGUUGCACAAAACAGCCAAGGUCUCGCAAUUCCUAGUUCUCAGAUUGAAGCCGUCAUCAGGAUGCAGAGUUUCAGCACGCCGGAAGAGGCAGCAGCGGAUUCUUGGAAAGCGGCCGGAGCGAGAGCUCCUGGCGAAAUUCGGGUUGUUGUGCCGGAAGCUGAUACCGAUGUGUCGGUCGGCAGCGUUGAUAGAGUCUCUAAGGACACACUUGCGUUCUCACGACAUGAAAAUGCCGUCGACAUCCCUAUGUCUUUCUGGGAUGAAGAUACAGUGGACGAUUGGGGAGACGCCGACGAUGACGAAGAAGUAACGGACUUCAUGCCAUCGAAAAGAAGUUUUUGGUCGUUAAUUAUGCCUGGUUUUAGUGGCCUCGGCACGAGAGCGAAGUACUGAGAAUGCGAAAUUACGGCUGUUCAGUUUAAGGGCCGCAGACGUUUUUUCGGUAGUUGUGGCCCAGCCUCUAUUCAAAUGCAGAACUUUUUUCUUACAGUGCAGACCAAGGGGAAACUUUGGUGUGAAUGCGGCAAUAAUGGCAAUUAAAUGUGACCCAUACACAUUCAGUAACUUAAGGGAGAAGUUUGAGGUGACCGCGAAAUCGCAUUUGGUGGAGAUGGUGUGGCCCCUCUGGGUGCCUAGAGAACUAGGGAAGCCAUAAGGGGCUUCUCUGUCGAGUGACAACCUGCUAGUGCAGACCAACUCGCUUGUUUGCGUAAGCCCUUGCCCGAAUUGCAGGAAAAACUGUUGGCUCAGUUACAGACCCAUACACUGAGAUUGGCGGUUGCCUAACUUUGGCUGAGACGGCAUACAUUAGUUAGCUUACGACGGUAAACCCGGAAUGAUGUGAAGUGGUUCGAAGAGCAGAUAGAGGGGGCAAUAAUAUUCUUAUGUUCACCGAAUCUCGCUUUUCGAGAGGCGUGACUUCCCCCAUUCUUUCAAUCGAGGAAACUUGCGUGGCGUGAGAAGUGUCCAAACAAGCGCUAUUUCACGUAGGAGAGUCCGCAUCCACCAGGUCUUGCGCCAGGACGAUUUCUUGCUAAAAGCCAGAGUCGAUAUUGUGCUGUUCUAGCGACCAGUCUUGGUGUGACUACGCUGUCAGUGCCUGAUUUGUGGGGGUAUGUGUCGUCGAGGAUAUGUUAAGCGCUGUGUAAAUCUGCCCUUGCCGAUGGUUUGGUACGCGUGAGCACAUUGGAUGUGUCUGCGCACGCUCCAGUCAGCGUAACAGCCUCCGGCAACGACGCCGCGAAUCAACGCAGAAAGCGUUCCAUUUGUCUGGGAAUUUGGCACGACCCGAGGCCACAGACGUAACGCCAGGCUCUCACCCGCGCGAAACAAAAAAUGAAUCACCA